UCUCUCGCGGUAUACCCGGAACUUUUCACCUCCGUCAGAUACGUCCGAAUAGCACACGACCAGUAACCGUCCCUCGAAUUACUACGCACACGGUGUGUUGUCGCACGAUAACGUGCGAGUGUACGAUUCGGUUACAUUAUUAUAUUAUCUCAUUUUUUUUUUUUUUUCCCCCCCGUCGUUCGAUCAUAUCAUAUUACCUAUAUUAUUUUAUUGUACGCGUGCGUUGUGUGAUCCGCAUCACUGUUAUGGUGUUUACGCGACACAGACCUGCACGUUCCAGAGGAUCAAAAAUUACAGCGGUUGCGUUUUGUUUUCCAUCAUCUCGGUUCGCAGCAGUUGACCAUAAAAAUGAACAGCACACAAACUGCGCUUGAACACACCGAAAUACCCAACGAGGCAGACUGGGCUCUGGCGGACAUUCCGAACAGCAUCAACGCUACUGGACUUCUAGCCGAAGACUUGGAGGAAUAUGGAGGUCUGACCGAAAUACAAACAUUGAUUUUAGCAUGCGUAGCCACAGUAAUACCCCUAUUCUUGGGGCUUCUGCUUGUUCUUGGCGUGAGAAUGGUGUGGAAAAAAUACAAAAAUCACAAUACCAACAGUGGCUAUGACAACGAUGGACUGCGCCGCGAAGACAGUUGCGAUGCCGUCAAGAGUUCGAGCUUCAUGCAAAGCGCCGAAGAGCUGAAGACCAGCGAAUCGCAAUAUUCCGUUCUGAUGCCUGACGAUGCGGCGUCAGCGGCUGUGUGUUGCUACGCUGCGGCGAACGGUUCUUCUACGCCGCUGCCACCGCUGUUGUACAAUAGUCCGCCAAACAAUCGUUUUGGAGACACGAACAAAACGAACCUGAACGGGAGCAUUAUCACGCUGACGAUGAAAAACAACCAUCUGAUCGUGGAGACCGAGGAAAGAGUGCCGGGCGUUUGCAUGGCAUCGGCGAGCGAAGUUGCGGCGGCGACAGCAGCCGCUGCUGCCGCCGACGCUGCCGCCAAAUCGAUGGACUACGAGUACGACGACGACGAGUUCGACAUGGAAGCCGAAAUGUUGCGUCGCGAAUUCCGAGAGGCGUCCCUGUUGGCCAACGGCGACGGCGGCUCGGAGUGCGGUCCGGCCACCGUCAAUGCGGCCGUGCUCGAACCCAGCAGCCAGACGCAAGUGGACUUGACUGUGGACCGGCGGCCGACCGCGUCGGCGGCCGCGCAACCGCCGCCGCACCAACUGCAGCCCGCGGCCGCCGACCACUCGAGCGGCGGCUCGUCGUCGGUCGACUCGCGCGUGGCCGAGAUGGCGUACGCUUACGGCAACCAGUCCGAGUACACGGCCGAGGACGUCCCGAGCAAACACUGCGGCAAGGCGUUCGCCGUCGUCAAGUCGGCGGCUGUGGCGUCCUCGGCGACCGCCGUCACCGUCAACAACAACAACGACGACGAGUACCUGGUCGAACAGCGGUUGUUAGGAAACGGUGCGGACGGCGGCGGCGGCGGUGGCGUUGGCUGCACCGGUAACGGUAACUCGCCCGAAUUGCCACCGCCGAAUGCCGAUAAUUGCUCACCGGACGAUUGCGGCUUGGCGCCAACCGCCGCCACUGCCACUGUCUCCCAGUAACCGCAACGCCACUUAUCAUAGUGCGCUUGUGUGUGCUCGCGUUAGUGUGUAUAUGAUUGUGUGUGUGUGUGUGUGUGUGUGUGUGUGUGUGUGUGUAACUUUAGAUUUACGUUUGAGUACAAUAUUUUAUUUUUUACUACUGUCAACCCGAGUAGUAUAAGGCUGUUUUCUUACGAUUUUUUGGAACGAUAAACGUGACCUGAAAUAGAACGCAAUAUAGAUAGAUCACUUGAGCAAAGUCAAACGAAAAAAAUCGACUGAAAUAUUGCCAGUAUCUAAAUAUUCGAACGAUAACGAUAAUGACGUAUUUGUAUUCUUCUCCAUACAAAGCAGAACGGAUUGCAUUUUGUUCUCUCAUCCAAACCAACCGAUAGAGUACCUAUUAUGUUUAAUUAUAAGUCGGUAAAUGUUGAACAAAACAUGAAUUCUGCCAAUGUUAUUUUUGAUCAGCUGACACCUUGUUCAGUUGACCUUUUUUUUAAACCAUUAACUCGAGACUACUGGGAAUCUGACGAUGUAAUAAUAUUGACAUUUACCAAAACCUGCAGUGGUCGAUCUCAACACUGUUGGUCAGCCUUUUACCCGUCACGGACCAUGAUAUAAUUUUUUCGACAUUUUACGCGUUGGCCGGGUUGACACUGCUGAGUGCAAGACAUAAUGAUUUUUGACGAGCACCAAUAUUCACAUUGGAAACUGGAUCCGAGAAAUUCUGAAAUGUUUAGUAUUAACCGUUAUCUGGAAGCUGUCAUUUCGCUCUCAACAACGAGCAGAACCAGAGAGAUAAUAAUAUUAUGGACGUGUACUGGGAGGAGGUGCAUUGCGUAUUAUAUGUUCAAGCCAUCCCCGUCAAUAUAAUAUGAGAUCAUACAUUUGUAUUAUUAUUAUUAUUCUUUCCCCGUGCAAUUAUUUUAAAACCCUAACCGAUUUGUAGUGAAAACAAAAUUGACGCCGUAAAAUAAUACAAAUAAAUAAACGGAAAAUUGGUUUACGAUGGGCUGCACUCAAUAAUAUAUAUUAUAAAUACUAAAAAACCUAUCGACAUAAAUAUAUAAUAACAUUAUCAUCGUAUGUAAUAUAAACACCUAAACACUGUGCCGGGCGAAAAACGUUGUUUGCGCUAUUCAACAACAAUAAUAAUCAGCCCAUUAUUAAUUUCAUGAACUAUGUGAACAUAAUAAAUACAUUCUAAGUUAAUCGACUGAGCCAAAUAAUAUGCUAGUGUAUUAAAUUGGUUAUUAUGUGUAUGUAUUAUUGUCAAUAUAUUUCGCCAAAGUGUAGGAACCUACCCUAUCCAAAUCGAUUAUAACAUAUAUAUAUCAUAUACUCGUAUGUGUAUGUGUGUGUGUGUGUGUGUGUGUGUGUGUGGUGUGUAUCACACACGUUUAUCAGCAAAAUAAAUAUUUAACGGUUAGGUAAAAAUUAUUAUCGCGAUUUCCCGACGUCGAAGCUUAGUUAUUUCUGAAAUUAUAAUAUUAAUAUGAACCAGUAUCCCGAAAGUUCUGAAGUUUAUCAGUCGGUUAUUUCGGUAACGGAAAAUACACAAAAAUCAAUACGAAUUUCAUAAUAUGGAAAUGUUGUGCUUCGCAUAAUCAAUUUCACGGUUUAAUAUAUUCAUUCAUAAUACAUAAUAUAUUGCGACGUAAUUCUAAAAUCGAAAACUGCGAUAGUUAUGGGUAGUUGAACAUUUUGAUAUUACAGCGAUAUCAGGAUAUAAUACUGACUAUUGUUUGAUAUUGAAAUAAUAUGUCAAACACGCAUAGGAAAAUAGUAACAGACCGUCUGGUGUUAGUAAGGCGAACCGUUCUGAGGAAAAUAUUAGCUAGAAAGUCUUUUAUCCAAAUCAAAACGUUUAUUUAUCGAAAAACAAACGUCAUAAAUUUGUAGCGUUUGUUUUAGAUGUAGAACACACCGUAUCGACGAAAAUGUAGGUAGUAAACUUACUCCCUUUUGAUUAUUUAUUUCUGACGCUUUUUUUAUUAUUAUUAUUUUAUAGUUUCCGUCGUUUUACUUUUGUGACGUACCUGCGAUCCGUGAAAGCAAUUUAAGACAGAAGUACAUAAAUACAUAAUAUGUUAAUCGUGAAAUUUGUCAAGGGUUGUUCUUGGUGGAUUACAAAUCGGUACCUUCGAGUACGUGUACCUAACUUGUGUAAAUAAAUCUAAAUACGUCCAAAUACUCAUUCGUAUAAUAUAAUAUUUGAUAUUUAUCUUAAAACUUAAUUUAGUCGGUUGUAUUAUAUUAUGUAAAAUAAUUAUAAAAUAAUAUAUAAAUGUCUAUGUCGAGAGUUCUAGUUCCUAUAUAACGUAAUAUAAAUAAUAUGAAGACGAUUUCAAUCUACAUUUGAUUUUACGCCUCAAUAGGUUAGUCUGGUGGUCGUUUAUUUAUUGAUUAUACUAUACUGAUUGUAUCUAUAUAAUAUAUAUAUAUAUAUUAGCACUUUGCCAGAUAUGCGCGUACCUAUCGAACUUUUGAGUAUUGUGAUUAAAGAUAUGUUUCAAAAGGAGACAACUGAAUUUAAAAAACGGUGACAUCGAUGAAAUCGACUCCGGUCAAAGUACAUACCAAUACAUUAUGAUAAUAGGACAUCAUAAGAAAUAAUUUUAACAAAACUACGAUACGUUACGGACAAUAUAUGAAAUCGGACGUUGUACACAGUGAACGGGUUCCCUUGGACUUAAUUGAAAUGGUAAAAGUAGAUAAAUGUGUGCAUUGUUAAGAUAUUAAGUACAGAAUAUCGUUCAGUGAUGUAUGUCCUCAAAUGUCAAUGACCAAAGGUAUAGAAUUUAUUAUCGCUUUGUUUGUCGUCUUAUACCCAAGACAUGUUGUUAUGGUAUAUAGGUACUCUUGUAAGACCAAUGUUCAAACUUAUCUAGGAAAUAAUGACUAUUGUGCCAGUUAUCUAAUGGUUAUAUUAGAUUACACAUUUCUUCAUCUAGAUAAACUCAAUUUAAAUCACACUCGAUAAAACAUGAAUUUUAUUAAAAAAUUCUUCUAUUGGAAUACAAUUCAAUCGUUGGUCAAGUGGUCGCCCAAAUUUUAUAUUUAUUUUCAUCACUUACUGAAGUAUAAUAUUUAAAUCUAAUAAAAAAAUUAAUCGAUCUACCAAAUUAUCUUGAUAAAAGUUAGAUCAUUUUUAUAUUAUCUAGAUAAAAUUAAAAUCUAUGUACAUACAUUUAUUUGUAUGUAUAGACAAAUGUGAAUCUAACGUACAAUAGUUAUUAUUGGUAUCUCAUCUAGAUGCCAUUUUUGUAAUAUAUUCUCAACACUGUAUAUACGACUAAUUUCGUAUAUAAAAUAGUUGAACGGUAUAAUGCACAUCAUCGAUCAACUGAUUUUCCUCCAAAUCAUUAUGUUGGCCUAUCACUGUAUUCGACGCUAUAACUUACUCUAGGAAACAAUGUCAUAUAAUAAAGGGAAUAUUAGCAAAAACGUUAGGGUUUUGUUUAUUAUUAUUUGUCUAUUUCCUAGUUUGUCCGUAACGUAUUAAAUGAUAGGUAUAGAUGUGGUACGUCUUGCACAGGGUGCGUCUACUCCACGCGAACUGCUUUGAAAUAAAACCAUGUGUGUAUAUUAUUAUCUCGAUCGGCAUGUGUGUCGCCUUUUUCCCACCCCCGACCCAUAACCGACACCGCUGACCCAACACUUCUCGAUCACUCUCCGUGUUUUUUUUUUAUACCCACAUCAAUCCACCAGCAACUCCACGUCGGACUAGGAGCGUCGCGAUAGUGACCCUACGAGUCCUAUCGUACACACUUGACGGGACUCCGUUUUUUAAGAUACAAUACUUGAACGUAAUUCUCGUAUCGUCGUCUACACUACCAUGGAACCUACGACACCGAUCGAUACAAUUCCUGUAUAAAUGUAUAAUAAUAUGUAGGACGUAUAAUAGCAAACGUUUUUUUUUUCGCAUGACCCGACGUUUUUUAUUUUAAUACGUAUUUCGGGAAUCCGUCGACUGGCCGAAAAUCGAAGUAUAAAAAAGACUUUCAGCGGAUUUUUUUCAAAGAUGUGGGUAAAUAUUAGAACGUUUACGGGGCCUGGCCAAUCGCGCAACUCUGUCAGCUGACGUGUAGCCACGCGAUCCGACUAUAUAAAUGUGCGCCCGUCAGAUUGAAGGGUUUUCGAUCGAUCGGGUUUCUCAAAAUCAUAUAAUUAAUACGAAUUUCAUCUUUUUUUUUCAACUCAACACAAGCGAUCGAAUUUUGAAAAUAGUGACAGCGCGUGCGUGUAUAUUUAUAUGCGCCCGAUCGUAUUCAUAUGUAAUACGUAAAAACAUUUAUAAUAUAUAUAU